GUUGGUGAUGUUCUCGUUUUACUUUCUACAACCACACAUAAAUAUCCCGAUCUCGGAGAUACAACAAUGGGUUCAACGGUAUCAGUUCUCAAAGACACUCCAGAACGUGCGUAUGUGGCAUUUUCAGUAAAUUGGAACGCAUUAAAAUGGUCACUAUUUCCGAUAACAACCCUGGCGACUGUCCUCACCGCUGGUUUGGCCCUUCCUGCUGUAUUAGCUAGUGAGGCAGCAAUAGCAGGUGUUGCAGCUAUAGCGACAGCCGCCAUUGACGUAGCGUAUAUAGAAGGUACUGACACGUUAGAGCUCAAAUUCGCGAAAUCUAUCGAUCUCUCUGAGAAACAAAGAGCACAGAUCGCGGAAGCUGUGCUGAAAGAAGCUAUCAAAAUCAUCGAUAAGCACAUGUCCGACAACGACUAUCACAUUGUUGAGCCUGGGGCAGUGUACGAAUCUAGUAAGCAAAGUUUAUCCCUGAAUCAAAGAGCUUACGUGGGUAGAAUUGUGCACAACAAAGCCGAGCAAUCUCUUUCGCUCGAAACAACAGACACUUCGGCAUGGAGCGGUCCCACGGUAAACAGCAAAAACAAGUAUAAGUUAUCGGACAGAGACUACUUUAAUAGCUGGACAUAGGAGAAGCAGAUACACCUGAAAAUCAGCACAGAUGGUCCUGUUCAGCCUCCUAAGGCAUCUUGUUGCGAGUAACGCGUGAUGAAGCAAUCUACUAUCAAUAAAUAGUAAAC